AUGGUGGAAAGUUUUAGAGCUAUGACCCUUUUUGACUGCAAUCAUGUGGAUGAGCUGGAAGCAAUUCAUCAGUUCGAUCCGGCGUGGAGACAAAAUGCUCUUAGCUGUAGAGUUAUAUUGAUACUCCAGCAAAUGUAUUACCUUAAUAUAACAUUCGUAACUCCAGAAAGCAGUAUUUCAAGAACAAAAAGUGCAGAUGUGUCUGCUUCUACAUUUUGGAAUGAAACAGUCGACAUCUACCUCAAGCUGAUGGCUAUUACCAAUGAACUGGUAAAUAAUGCAAGUCCUGUAGAAGCGAUAUUUGUUUGGAGGUUCGGAUUUAUUCUUCGAAGGGAAACCAAUGCUAUUAUGCGUCCAUACUAUAGUCUACCAUUUGCAAAAUCCGUAUGGCUUUGUAUUUUAGGUAUUAUUAUAUUGGUAACAAUUAUAUUCUAUGUAGUUCGGAGAUGGGAGAAUUUUAUCGUUGGUCGUUUGGAAUGCAAUUUUAUAUACGAAUUCUAUAUAGCAUUUGGAGUUUUCUGUCAACAUUCUUUACCGUCGCCGUCAAUUUUCUGGUCUCAAAGAAUGGCUUACUUUGUCUUUGUCAUCUUUGCUUACAUUACCAAUUCUUUCUACACUUCCAAUCUCCUUUCAUUCAUCGUUACCGAAAAGGAAGGUGAAACGGACAUAGAAGCCUUGGCUCAUAGUGAUUAUAAAUUAAGAAUCUUGGAAAACAUGAAAUUGGCCACCGAAAGAAGAUUAAACUCCGUUAAUAUAGAAAUGAAUGAAAUGGCCAGGAAAUUAACGUACACAAAAUUUAUUAAUCUAUCGGCCGGUUUAGAGGCAGUACGGUCAGAGAAGACGGCUUUAUUGUGCGAUUACCCGACUGUUUAUUCUGCCAUUGCCAGGACAUUUAAUGAUGAAGAAAUUUGUGAAUUAGAAGAAGUAGAUAUAUUUUCUAAUGUACAAAUGUAUCUCAGUGUUGGAAAACAAUUUAAGUACACAGAACAAUUAAAGAUGGGGUGA